CUCUGAGUUUGUGCGUAUGUGUGUGUGUGUGUGUGUGUGUGUGUGAGAGAGUUCUCUGAGCGUGUGUGUGUGUGUGAGAGAGAGAGUUUUCUGUGCGCGUGUGUGUGUGUGUGCAGUAGUUUCAUGUUGAGUCGUGUUCAGUUCUUGAUGCCACAGCAGACACAUCACAGCAGCACACACACACACACGGGGCUUCAGGACGUAUGGAUCCAAUUCAAACCGCUCUGCUCAUGUGCGCCAUCCAGUGGCAGCUGGUACCGUCCAACUUUUAAGACUUUAAAUGUAAACAAUUUACAAGACAUUUGCAGACUCUUUGGAUUAAACUCAGUUGGCAGUAAGAUGAGCUGCACCUGAUUGCAUCUCUACUGACUAGAAGAAUUCGCUCUCUCGCGGUGAACGAUGGAAGUAUUUCACGGCACUUGCACUGCAGCCUCCAUCACAGGAGCGUCCAACGGCUCCUCGUCUGCUCUCAUGAGCAUCUACCAGGAUUAUCAAAACAACGAGGUUCUUCAGCAACAUUAUAACUACACGGGUAAACUGGAAAGGGCCCGAUACAAAGUCGGACUCAAACCCGAAGCCAUCAGCUUCCUCUUCAUCUGUCUUCUCAUCGUUGUGGAGAACUGCAUCGUACUCACGGCCAUCUACAGGAACAAGAAGUUCCACAAGCCCAUGUACUACCUGCUGGGGAAUCUGACGCUGUCGGACCUGCUCGCGGGAUUCAGCUACAUGCUAAACAUUGUUCUGUCGGGUCAGUACACGCUGAAACUCACGCCGCUGCUGUGGUUUCUGAGGGAAGGCUUCGUCUUUAUCAUGCUCACCGCGUCCAUCAUCAGUCUGCUCGCCAUCGCCAUCGAGCGUUACCUCACCAUGCUCAACAUGAAGCCGCGCCACCGCGCCAAACGCAACCGCAUGUUCGCCUUGAUCGGGGCGAGCUGGGUGCUGUCGGUGUUGCUAGGCAUCCUGCCAAUUAUGGGAUGGAACUGUUUGCCUAAUCUGAAAUGGUGCUCGACCGUGUUGCCGCUCUACGCCAAAAGCUACAUCUUCUUCUGUGUGUUCAUCUGCUUGGCAGUUCUGUUGGUGAUCGUUGUUCUUUACGGACGAAUCUUUCACUUCGUCAAGUUCAACAUGCAGAAUCCGAGCUGCGUCCAGCGUAAAGGGUCCGCCCGCCGCUCGCAGAAGUACAUGGCAUUGCUAAAGACAGUCACCAUCGUGCUGGGCGUGUUUAUAUUGUGCUGGAUGCCGCUGUUUGUGCUUCUGCUGCUUGACUUCAUGUGUCCGGUGAAGAUGUGUAAGGUUCUCUACAAGGCCGACUACUUCCUGGGCGUCGCCAUGAUUAACUCGCUCAUUAACCCUGUCAUUUACACCCUGACGAGCAAAGACAUGCGGCGGGCGAUCCUGAAGCUGCUCUGUCAGUGCUGUCUGAUGACCAAAGACGGCCAGAUCAGGCAGAUUGCUGUGGCCUUCCCACCGUUCAGCUUCACGAAGACGGAAGCAAACCAUCGCGGACUGGAGACAACGAUUUCAUCGGGCAACGCGACGACGUUACCGAAUAUUAAAUCCAUCUACCCAAAAGUCCAAUUAACCGUUCUCUCCUGAACGCUUCAGACUAACACAUGGAAACAGUUCUGGGGUGCGUCUCCUAAAAUCAUCGUUAGCAAAUUAGGGUCGCAAGUUUGUGACAACAUAGUUCAACGACUUUUGUCGUUUUACUCGUUUACUUUUGAGUGAAAUCUGCCAGACUUCUUCCUUUGAGAACCGCUUUUUUCAUGAUUCUACCACCUCCGAAAGCAACGGAAGUUCAGUCUUUGAAAAUCGCUGUGUUUGCUUCAUUUUUAGUCGUGUGUUUUGAUUUUAUGACAAGUGGACUGUAAUAGAUAUUGCCGUUUCUUUGCAUUACAGAGUCGUGACUUUGACAUCAUUCGAUCUCAGUAGUAGUGUUUAAUGACAUCACGACAAUACUGAGCCAAUGUGCUGAUGAUGAUGAGCUGAUCUGUGACAUAGUGACAAUGGUUUCAGGAAACGCACCCCUGAACGUCUAACGAGACUAAUCCCAAAUAUUCUGACGCCAUCUUUGUGUCUCAAAUGAGCUCGGGCACCGCUCAGACUGAAUCUGAAUCAUGAUGAAUGUAAGUGUCUUUCUCAAACCAACAGAUCAAUAAUCAGAUUACAGCUGCAGAUCGGACACCAGAGAUCAUUGCUGUGGCGGGAAACGGUGUUUAACGUCCAAUUAUGAGCUUAGCAUGAUACUUUGAUAUGCGUACAUGGUACUGAAUGAAGACCAUGGAAUUAACAUGGCACAUACCAAAGACCACAUGAAUUACAUGGUUCCACGUCGCAGUUUGGAACGUGUGUGAAAAUGGAAAGGUGACGCUUCAUAAACCCCUCGUUAUAGUUGCGUACAGACACACAGACCACCAUCACCGCACUGACGAGCACAGAUUUCCUGUGAAAUACAGAUGAUCUUCACCAUGUUACAGCAUUUUAAUGUUCAGUCUCAUGGCUUUAAAUGUGAGUUACUCGUCACACGGGAUUCACAGGACGAGCACAUGAGAAGUGCUUUAUUGUGACAAUCUCACACACGAGAAUAAUCCCUGAACAUGUUCCACACACAUGAGCUUUAUUCCAGAACUCUCUGUUUGUAUUAUUCUCAAGCUGUUCAUUUACUGAAAGACUUUUAAAAAACCUGAUUUAUAGUAAAUGAUGUUCUUUGUAAUUUGAUAUUAAAUAUUUUAUACACACAUUUCACACACAUUGGCGAUAUUUGUGAAGUUUCUCACACUCACACGAAUGGAACGGUUUGUGUAUGUGUCAUACGUGACACACUAUAAUACCGUGUGUGUAGGUGUUUUUAUCCCACAAGAACAGUAAGACCUGUGUUCACCAAAACAGCUUGAUUAAAGGGCAAUUAAACAAACAAUGCUGUAAUUACAUUUUAGUUUAGGGAGAGAAAAUAUAAUAGUUCAGUACGCAGACAAAAUCAACAGAAGUCCACGGAAAGUCCCCAGCUCAACAGAAUGUGUGUGUGUGUGUGUGAGUGUGUGUGUGUGUGUGUGUGUGUGUGUGUGUGUGUGUGUGUGUGUGUGUGUGUGUGUCUGUGCGUGUGUCUGUGUGUGUGUGUGUGUGUGUGUGUGUGCGUGCGUGUGUGUGUGUGUGUGUGUGUGUGUGUGUGUGUGUGUGUGUGUCUGUGUGUGUGUGUCUGUGUGUGUGUGUGUGUGCAUGCGUGUGUGUGUGUGUGUGUCUGUGUGUGUGUGUCUGUGUGUG